AUGGGGGUGAGGAAUGGAGUGGAAUAUCAAAGGCCGCCGGGUUUCGGUGUGCGACACAUACAAACAUUCUUUUUAUUCUUAGGUAUGCUUUUGGCAUAUUGUAUGAGGGUUAAUAUGAGUAUAGCCAUCGUAGAUAUGACGAAUUCGGAUAAUGAUUUGUACUUCGAUUGGACCUACGGUACGCAAUCUAUUAUUCUGUCAUCUUUUUAUUGGGGCUACGUGGUAUUUCAAAUCCCGAGCGGGGUUUUGGCGGGUAAAAUUGGAGGGAAAAUUUUGAUAAUCGUCGUCGUGUCCACUAAUGCUAUAUUGUCUUUAAUGCUGCCAAUAGCUGGGAAAUUAGGAGAUUGGAAGCUAGUAUGCUUAUGUCGAGUCUUGCAAGGUCUGUUCCAAGCUCCCCUUUUUCCUUCCAUGCAUCAGCUUCUCAGCCAAUGGGUGCCGUUAGAAGAGAAGGGAACAUUAUGCACGCUUGUGUAUGCAGGUAGUACAUUAGGAAUUUUCACGCAAAACAUUGUAUCGGGUCUUCUGGCGACAGCAUUUGGCUGGCAGUCAAUUUUCUACGUGAAUGGAGCUCUGGGCAUCAUCUGGACAAUUGGAUAUGUUAUCCUGGGAGCAGCGACCCCGGAACAAUCCGGGUUUAUUAAGCAAGACGAACUGAAGUACAUUCAGGCGUCUUUGGGAAGGACGGAAAAACAAAAGAGUCACCCAACUCCCUUCAAGAAGAUCAUCAAAUGCCUACCAUUCUGGGCGGCAGUGGCGGCUCACUGUGGCCAGAACUGGGGCUUCAUAGCGCUGAUGACAGAAAUGCCCACCUAUAUGGCUAAAGUACUGGACGUGAAAUUGAGUAAAAAUGGAAUGCUAUCAGCUCUCCCCUAUUUAUCUAUGUAUGUGCUGAGUUUUCCCAUGGGCAUGAUGACUGAUGUGAUCAUCAGACGUGGAUGGCUCAAUGUUACUAACACAAGAAAACUGUUUAAUAGUAUAGGAUUAUGGGGACCAGCAAUAGCUCUUAUAGGCUUAUCCUAUAUGCCAGAGGGCAAUAUGUUAGUAGCAGUAAUAAUGCUAACUAUAACCGUCGGUGUCAACGCAGGGCACUAUACAGGAUACACACUGGUCUUAAUAGAUAUGGCACCAAACUUUAGUGCCUCUCUGAUGGGAAUUUCAAACUGCUUCGCAAACAUCGUGUCGCUUAUCUCACCCUUGAUAUGGGGUGUUAUAAUUGAAGAUGAGACUGAUCCCGCAGAAUGGAGGAAAUGUUUCUUCCUUUCAUCUGGCAUUUAUUUCUUGACGAACUUGUGUUUUGUGCUGUUCGCGACAUCGGUUACUCAAUCUUGGAAUGAACCAGAGAACAAUGAAAAAAGUGAUAAUAAAACGGCCCGCAAUGACUGAUAACGCUACUACCAAAGAACUAAUUUGUACCUGAUUUAUUAAAACAUAUUUAUUUUAG